UGGAGUUUGUGGUCUGGCGUCGUGCUAAUAUGUAUCGAUAGAUAAUUAUAAAUCCUCGUUAUAUGAGCAAUCGAACGGAGUCUCCUGGGUUUAGGAUGCUAAUAUAGGAAGAGCUACAAACGUGAUUUUAAUAAAUGCAAUAUAGAUCGUUAUUUUUUCAUCGCCUCGAUCACAUGGGAAAAGCUUGCUCUUGCUGUAUAGAAUCCGUGUCCGCACUUAAGGGCAGGUGGGAGAAAUGCCUGGAUUCAGUUCAGCUCUAACGAUUAAUUGUGCCGCCGCCCACGAAGAUGUGGGGCGCUUUUGGUAGCCAGCGUAGCGGCGGCUAUGUGUGCAGCGCUCCCGGUUGGGAGUUUGUGCCCAUGCCUCGGGGUGACAGCAACAAGCAUCGCGGACGAAGUCGCAGUCCCCGGGCGCAAAAGAGCUCGACUCCAGAAGAGGCCAGACUUAACCAAGCAGCGACGUCGGAUCAGAGCCCCGGUGGCAAAUAUGAGCUGCAGUGGCAGCACUGGCGACUGAGGAAAAGGUUCGAGGACCUUAAGAAGCGACAUGUGCAGGAAAAAGAGGAGUGGACCGUGCAGAAAGAAACUCUUCUGAGAGAAGUGGCAGAAAUACAAAGUGGUGAAAACAAGAGAAUUUUAUUAGAGCUGAAAUCUUCAUUGAAAGAGGUUCAGGCAGAGCUUCGAAAGGAGGAAAUCAGAAGGUGUGAUUUGCAGGCACAGUACACUAAAGAUAGAUGUGCCUGGGAGCUGGAGAGAGCUGAACUGAAAUGCAGAAUUGCACAGUUGGAGACAAAAAGAAGCAAUUGCUACAUUAACAAAACAGCUCUUGAGCCAAAGGGAACUUUUAAGAGAGAACGAGAGGAGCAAAAGCGGCUGCUGGCAGACACACACACUGCUGCAAUGGACCUGAGAAAGCAGCUGGAGAACAAUGAGCGGGGUUGGUUGAGAGAGAAGGGAGAGCUGCUGGAGCGUUUUGACUUGGAAAGAAAAGAAUGGGAAGGUCAGCUGAAAGAUAUGCAGAGAAAGAUAGAAGAGUUAUACAAUGAAGUUAAGGCAAGAAGGGAGAAUGGAGUGAAUGGGCAGGAGUACAAUACCGGUAAUGAAGGAUUAAGGCUCAGUUCACAUUCCUCCAGUUCUGAUUCCAGCAGUCUGAAUGAGAUAAAUGACCAGGAAAAUCAAGGAAAUAAUGAAGCUGAUAUGACAGAAAUGGAGCAUAUUCUUCAUAAGCAUGAAACAAAACAUAUUUCAUCCUCCAGCCCAAAUGAGCCAGCUUGGAUGGACUACUUAAACCCAGGGCGUUCUAUGGAUAAUGACUUCCCUAACAGUAAUACCACUGGAAAUGAUAAAAAGAAAUAUACCAGUGCAUUAAAUGCAGCCUUAAAGGAGAUUGCUAAAGUAAGCGCAGAACUAUGCAGUUAUCAAGACGAAGUUAGAAAGAAGUCCAUUCCAAAAAGGAACAGAACACUUUCUUCAACAACUGUAGAAGAAUCAGAAAAAUUACAAAAUGAGAAAAACAAAGCUGACAUAAAUUUUGCCUUAAACUUUGAAAGGCUUAAACUCAGCCCAGAGAUGUCAGAAGACAGCAACACAUUGAACUGGGCGUUUGUGGACUCGCACAUAAAUGAAGCUUACAGAACCAAGGAUGAUAAAGCAGAGAUGUCUGUCUUGAAUAAGAAGGAAGCCCCUCCUGUUCCUCCACGCACUACAUCUUGGCAUCUGUCAAGUUCUCCUGUGUCACAAGCCAUCAGUUCACCAGUAACAGAAGUAAAGUCGGAGUCUGUUACAUCUGUCUCUGACAAGAAGUGUAAUAGCCCAUUAGUUUUAAAAAAGUUUGGAGCUCUGUUACAGGAGAAUGAAGGAAAAAUGCUCACAGAUUCUGGGUUCUUCACUAAUACGAUGCCAGUGUAUUCAAAUUGUACUACUAACUGCUGUCAGAGCAGGUGGUCUUGUGAUGCUAGCAAGCUUGGAAACAAGUCUUCUGUUCAUACAUCGGUCCAAAAGUCCUAUUCAGAUUUUGAUAUAUUGUCAUUUGAGAGUGAAUGUAUCCUAGACAAGCCAUCUAAGAAUCCAAACCAUCCUGAUUCUCAUUAUAAUUCUGCAAAAAUGGAGUUCGCAAAGGACUCUAGCAGUCCAUGCAGUCCAAUAAAAAAUGGAGAAUUUACCAUUGACUCUUCUUCAUCCUUUCAUGGAAAUUACCGGGCUCAAAAUGAAGACACUUUAAAAGUAAUAAAUGCUCAAUUCAACAAAAGUUUAUUUCAUGAUGAAAAGGGUAGUAGAGCGAUGUAUAACAACUCCUUACUUGAAGAGACUAAGGCAGCUGGUACACCAUUUGAUGCCAUUCACAACAAUGGACUUUCCUGUACAGUGAUGUGUCAUGAAAACGGUAAGCGUUGGCCAAAGAGCAAAGGUUCAGUCCUGUUGGAAUCCAUUCUAAAUGGUAAAGCAAAAAAUGCAAAACUGAACGUACAAGAUAUGAGAAAUGGAUUCACUAGCCAAAAUGCAAAAACAAAAGACAAACAGAUUUCUGGCGAGCACUGGAAUAUAAACAGCCUGGCUUCGUGUCCUAGGUCAGCAGAUUCACGAUCGAACUAUGGAGCCUACGAAUAUUCAGCUGGUGACUGCCUGACUUCUAACUGUGACUACUUCCAUGUACAGCAGAAAUCGAGAUUUGCCUUUACACACAAUCAAUCAGAAAACCUCAGUGAACUGUUAGAUAUGCUUGAGAAUGAACAGAAUCAGAGACUUUCAGCUGGCUGCUUCUCACAAGCACAUCUGUACAAUGGAAAUCAGCUUAGCUCAAAAGAGACAUCCCCAGCUUCUUCAGCUAGUUUGGUCAAGAGGAAUUUUCCACGUCCAGCUCAACCGGCUAACAAGAGGCUGCCGUCACGGUGGGCCACCAAAUCAACUAGCACUCCACAGACACCAAGCAAAUCGUCACACAAGCAAACGUAUUCCUGUUCUUACUUCUCAGAAACGGCGAUAAUCUGAAGCUCAGCAAAUGGACUCUUAAAAAUGGAGUAGAAGCUAAUGUUGUGAAAUGUAUCGGUGACUGACCUUUCGAGAAAGCGCUAACCCUUUGUGUCUAUUAGACUGUUAUAUUCAAGCUUUCUAAGUGCUUUACUUGUGUAGAAAUACACAAAAUGUUAAGUAUGCUUUAAGGUAAAACACAAAAUGUAUACGCUUAAAGCAUCGCCGGUCUCCAGUGUUUUGAUGGCCUAAUGUACUUCUGUACUCAAUUUUUCCAUUUCAUUUUUCAUACAUUUUGUUUACUUUUUUUCAUGUGCAUCUAUGUAAAUGAUCAACAUUCUGCUGGCAGUAGACCUUUAAUGGUUGCUUGCAUGCGUAUAUAUUUACCGUUGCAUGAUCCAGGAUUUUUCUGAUUUAUUAAACGAUCGUUUAUUAUACUUUGUAAAUUGUAGACCAAUAGUGUAAAAGUGAUGGGUUAUUUUGUCACCCUCAUUAGCAUUAAGGAAAAUGACAAUAAAAUGAAGUGCAGUCGCUUUUGACACUGCAACAUGUAUUAA